UAAAUCACUUUAUAUUUAUUUUUGGUGUAACUGUAUCAACGUCGCUCCAUCAGCGAGCUGCGGUAAAAUUAUCAAAAGUUGACCGGUCCGCGGCGAUAAAAAGUGCAGCACAGAUUGCUUCAAUGUCAACAUGUCUGUCCGUUUUCUUGUCUAUGCAUUUAUAAUAUUUAUAUCUAUAAAUUACGGAAUUUCGAUUAAAUGGGGCGAUGAAUGUUUAUUGGAAAACGGUCAAAAUGGUGUCUGCGUGGAGGCUUCUAGAUGUGAGCAAGUUUACAAAAGUAUCAAACUCGGUGUAGGUAAACUUCCGAAGUUAUGCGAGUACAAAGGAAAACACACCACGGUUUGUUGCAACGAUAAAAAUGUAACGCAAAUUACAGGAGUGAGAAGUGUGCAAGCUUGCAAUAAUUGGAAUCGCUUUAGAAUAGUGCCAAAAAUUAGUCUGAUCAUUGGAGGAGGAGGUGAACCAUCAUUGCUAGCGGAAUUUCCACACAUGGCCGCAUUAGGGUACGCUGUUAAUGGAUCGAACGAGACAGUUUGGGGUUGCGGCGGUAGCCUAAUAAGUUUAAAAUUCAUCUUAACUGCAUCACAUUGUUUGAAUACAACUGAAUUUGGAGCAGUUAAGUAUGUGAGACUUGGAGCAUUGAAUAUAUCAGAUAGUGUUUCAAAAACGUUUGAAGACUUUCAAGUGUUGCGAGUGCACAGACAUCCACUGUACAAACGACCUAGUAAGUAUAACGAUAUAGCUUUGUUGGAAUUAGACAGAUUAGUGAAGACUACGCUAUACAUUCAACCUGCUUGUCUGAACAUCAAUAUAACUGAUUCACCACAUAAUCUCAUUGCUACUGGAUGGGGUUUGCUAUCAUUCUUUGGAAGAGCGGCGGAGCAUUUGCAAAAAUUAUAUCUUAACCAUGUUAAUAACACGAAAUGCAGACUGAAUUACGAUGUGAACGAGCGCAGUUUAAAUAAAGGCAUUCAAGAGCAACAUCAAAUUUGCGCUGGAUUCGUAGGCAGAGAUACAUGCAAAGGAGACUCCGGAGGACCGUUGCAAUUUAAAAAUCCGCGUGGCACUUAUUAUAUUUACGGAAUAACUUCUUUUGGAAAACCAUGCUUACUGACUCCCAGUCCUGGAGUAUACACGAGAGUCGCCUACUAUAUAGAUUGGAUAGAGAACAUCGUUUGGCCAAAUGGCUCAAGUUAUUAUUACUAUUUAGAAUUAUUUAGUAAGGUUAGAAAUAUAAAAUUGUGAUUUAAAUUAUAAUGAAAAACAAUUAGAUAUAUAGAGAAACGCAUCUAACGUAUCUUGUAAUGUUUAUUUCAUUUAUUCGAAUUGAACUUUUACACGAGUUUCAUUGAUGUGCAGGAUUAUAUUAUAUACGGCCUUCGAUGCAAAGCAAUAAUUCUUUUAUAAAUAAGUAAAAUCUAAGAAAAUCAAGAUUUACUAUUCGU